AUCCUCCCCGAGCAACCUCCCGUCGCUGUCUCCCUGGCUUCGGCGGGCCUCCCGCCGCCGCCCCCUCGGCCCCUUCCCGCCGCCACCUACGCCGGCACCUAAGCACCUCCGCCGCCGACCAUCCGUACCACGACGCGCCUCCGUCACCCCGGCUCCGACACACCUCCAUCUGUCGUCGUUGCCCACCGGAAAUCCGCGGCCGCCGCCACCGACAACCUCUUCCGCGGCCGCCCACCAGAAACACCAGGCACCUCCACAUCCUACCGGAUCCCACCGGAUCCCACCGGCGAAGCUAGCCCCGACAAACUCCCGCGUUCCUCCUCUUGCCGCUGCCCUGGAGAGGACCCUCCCGAGCCUGCGUAAUGGUGGAGCUCUCCUGUCCAAGUGGGUCUUAUCCACGCAUGCCCUUCUUCGUCACCCCGCUGGCCAGGAUCCCCACCCCACGCUGUCCUGGCCGGCCACAUCGACCUUCUCACGGGGGCCACCUUGACCUUCUCGAAGGAAGGUUCAUCCAUGGAGCGGCCGAGUCGUACCUGGCUCGCCACGCACCUCCGCCCUCUGUCACCAAAUACACUGCCACCGCAUGGAGCUUCCAGCACACCGCCUCGACCUACCUUUCCAGUGCCAAGCUUCCAUUAUGCGUCGUCGGCUACCACUCACGACAGUGUGGCUACUUCCCUCCCCGUUGUGAUAGCAGCGAGCGGCCGCUCGUCCGUUCGUCUGCUCUUGGCUCGUUGUAUUUGGAAAAGUUCAGAUAAACUAACUGAACUCAUGUGCUGCUUCGUCUAAAAUACGAUUUGUGCUACUGAUUACUAAAAAGUUCAGCAAAUGAUUUCCCAACAAUCAGAAGUUCAGGUCGCUAUGUGUUGAUAGUAUGAGCCAUUUUCAGAUCAGGGAUAUGUUCAACAGUACUGAAUUUUAGUCCAGGCUUUUGGGUUCUGCCCUUUCUGUGGCACCAUUAAUUUCCAUAUAUAUGUGGGCAAAAGUAGUAUCUUCUUGCAAGUUCGGAAAGAAUAAGAAAUGGAGUUCAACGUGAUCUAGGGGAAAA